GAAAGAAAAGUGAAUUGAAAAUGCGUACGUAUGCUAAAACCAUAUAUUUAAUACUUACAUAUAUUCAUGGCUAAAACCAAACAAUGAAGUUGGAGAUUAACAUUUUAAAUCAGUAUUUAUAUAACCUUGUGGAAUCGAAAUAAAAUAUAUUCAAGUCGAAUUGAACGAGUUCUCUUCAGUACAAAAUGCAUGGAAUGCGGGUAGCAGAAGUCAGUCGAACUUUGUUAUUUAUUCUAAUUGUAAGUGCAUCGUUGCAUUGUAGAAUACAGGCCACUGCUGUAAACAAUGAAGAGAAAGUUGGAGGGGAUGGAGCUUCUUCCACGGACAUGUUAGAAGCCAGUGCAUCACCAGUUGCUACAGAUAUGACUACAAAUAUGCCAACGGUAUUAUCACGAAUACCACCGCCGCAAGUGAUAGUGAACAAAUGUUGUAGAUACAAUGAGCACAUGAAUUUUAAUCAAACGUGUGUUAUGGGAAAUUCGGAGUUAUGGGUACCAAUGAUAUUUCUAAUAAGUAGAAGACGGUAUUUUACACCUCAAGGUGGUAAGCCCAAAUUUAUGAUAUUCCAAGAGAAUGUCCUUCCAGUAGUAGAUGAUUACAGUAUUGAAUCAAUGCAGGACAUGGGUAAAGAACAAAACGGCAAAUGUACGUCAGAAGAAUUGGAGUUUUUCUCAGCAGGUGGAAACUAUUUAUUAUUUUCAAAUGGUUCCUUAUUUUUGGGUGAACGCAAGCAAUUUAUCGAGCCACAACGCUAUUGUGUUGACCGAAAUGGCGUGCUCGUCUGCUUUCCACGAGAAAGAAAUGGAACACAAAGAAUAAAGGUAAAAAAGUGUUGUGGAUGGAACGGAAUUUAUGACUCUGCAAAAAAGCAAUGCACGUUUCCGGGCGGCAGUGGUAAUCCUAAUAUAAACCCUCCUGCGGAAUUGCCAUUAAAUUCAAGUUUAUACGAGACAAUAUACGGCUUUCCUACAUGUCACCAAAAAACUGUACCAUACGCUAUUGCCGGAGAUUGGCAUGAAAGUCAAAUGGAUGUGGAGAAUGGAAAUCUUAAGCUGACUCAUAAACAAAUAUCUACUAGCGAUUAUUGCCUUGAGCAUUUGCUCGAAAACGAUGCAAUUGCUGCAAUUAAAAUAUUUACUUGUCUUCACCACUUCUCCACUGAAGCUCCUGCCAAUGCUAUUGCUGCGGUAGGUAGCACCACUAGUGAUAGAGUACAAGUGGCCGCCCUCAAUAUAGGAAUUGUCAUAUCAGUCGUCUUCCUUUCAGCCACAUUGGUGGCUGGAUACAUGAUGCCCUCCGUUCAUCAUAUGUUACAUUGGCGUUGUCAGAUUUAUUACGUCUUUUGUUUGGUUGUGGGAGAUUUGAUACUCGCCUACACACAACUGUCACGGACACUCCAACACGGCUCAUUCACCUGUUUACUUUUAGCCAGUACAAUGCACUUUUUCUUUCUUUCGGCUUUCUUUUGGCUUAACACAAUGUGCUUCAAUAUCUGGUGGACAUUUCGCGAUUUCAGGCCGAGUUCACUCGAACGCAAUCAAGAGUUGCUACGCUUGCGGCUUUAUUCGGCGUAUGCUUGGGGCAUUCCGGUGUUGAUAAGCGCUAUUGCUUUCACUGUAGAUCAUUUGCCCGAAACACAAUUACUGCGCCCCGGCUUCGGCGAACGUAGUUGUUGGUUUAGCGGAGAACAUUUAUCCAUAUUUGCCUAUUUCUUUGGACCUAUUGGACUUUUACUGUGUGCCAACAUCAUGCUUUUCAUAUCAACAACACAUCAAUUGACAUGCGGUUUGUGGAAGCGUGACGAUGUCAAAUCGACCACUGAGAAGACUGCACUGGGGAAAGUAUGUUUGAAGCUAGUCGUGGUAAUGGGUGUCACCUGGAUAGCUGAUGUGAUUUCUUGGCUAGUCGGUGGACCGCAUUCGGCUUGGUUCUUCACCGAUAUGAUAAACGCUUUGCAGGGUGUAUUCAUUUUCAUUGUAGUGGGAUGUCAACCACAAGUAUGGGCCGCUUGCAAGCGUUUUUGCUGUCCACGCUCACGUCAAGAGAUUACAAACACAACCAACGGUGUCCAGCAUUCAAGUUCAUCGCAAGGUCUUCCAUCAGUCGGUGGAUAUGCUGGUGGUGAAGUCACGCAGAACACCACUGUUAAUACUACGACAAUUGGUGGAGGCCAGUUGCAGACUCAAACGAAGAUACCAAUGGAGACAGUAUGUUAAGGUGAGUUUGACGUUGAUUUAAUACAUUCGUGUGUCUAUUUGAAAACACGAUUGCAAAUCAAAGAAAAUAUUAGUUGUGUUCGAUAACAAAAUUAGCCAACACUAGCCAACAAUCAAAAUCAAGAGCGUAAGCGAAUAUUCUCCCUCAAAGAUAAGAAAAAGCAAAAAUGUAAUGUAACCAAGGCAUAUCAAACAGGUAGU